AGGACGGGUAGGAGCGUGUGCAUGAGUGUAAGAGACACUUAUUCUCUUAACUACUUGGAGACAGACACACUUUCCUGGCCCGACUCAGAGAAAGAGAGGGGGAAAAAUAGGAGGAAGAUUUUUUUUUUUUUUUUUUUUUUUGGUCAAAUAUUUCAAUUUCCCCCUUCAUUCAAGAAUUAAGCUACUCCAGAAGCUCUUCAUCCUGGAAACUCUUCUUCACUGCCUAUUGCAAGUUCUGUGUAUUGAUCCACUUACACACACUUGACAAGGCUUACCUCAUGGAUUUGUAUCUGAUUGGAUAUUUGCUGUGUGUGUGGUUGUCCAGCUCACGGGUGCUCGGAGGCUAUCCCAUCUGGUGGUCCCUGGCCCUGGGGCAGCAGUACUCGUCUCUGGGCUCCCAACCCCUCCUGUGUGGCUCCAUCCCUGGCUUGGUGGCCAAGCAGCUUCGCUUCUGUCGUAACUACAUCGAGAUCAUGCCCAGUGUUGCUGAGGGUGUCAAACUGGGCAUCCAGGAAUGUCAGCACCAGUUCAGAGGCCGCCGGUGGAACUGUACCACCAUAAAGGACAACCUUGCCAUCUUCGGACCAGUGCUGGAUAAAGCUACGAGAGAGUCUGCGUUCGUUCAUGCCAUAGCCUCUGCCGGUGUUGCCUUUGCAGUGACCCGAUCCUGCGCCGAGGGCACGUCCACCAUGUGCGGCUGCGACUCACACCACAAGGGGCCACCGGGUGAGGGCUGGAAGUGGGGCGGCUGCAGCGAGGACGCGGAGUUCGGGGUGCUGGUGUCAAGGGAAUUUGCAGAUGCCAGGGAGAACAGACCGGAUGCUCGCUCUGCAAUGAACCGGCACAACAACGAGGCCGGACGCACAACCAUCCUCGACCACAUGCACCUGCGCUGCAAAUGUCACGGCCUUUCCGGAAGCUGCGAGGUGAAGACCUGCUGGUGGGCGCAGCCGGAUUUCCGCACGCUGGGCGACUACCUGAAGGACAAGUACGACAGCGCCUCAGAGAUGGUGGUGGAGAAGCACCGCGAGUCACGGGGUUGGGUGGAGACCCUUCGAGUGAAGUACAACUUCUUCAAGCACCCCACCGAGCGCGAUCUGGUCUACUAUGAGGGCUCCCCCAACUUCUGCGAGCCCAACCCAGAAACUGGGUCGUUCGGGACGCGCGACCGCGUCUGCAACGUGUCGUCACACGGCAUCGAGGGAUGCGACCUCCUAUGCUGCGGCCGCGGCCACAAUACCCGGACUGAGAAGCGCAAGGAGAAAUGCCACUGCAUCUUCCACUGGUGCUGCUACGUCAGCUGCCAGGAGUGUGUGCGUGUCUAUGACGUGCACACGUGCAAAUAAGAGGCCUGUACUUUAAGGCAAACUGACUGCUGGACCUUCUACCUUAACCCCCGUGUCCUGCACAACUUCCCUGCAGACGCAGACCCAUUCUGCAUACCGGUCAAUAACCCACUCACACACAAACUUAGUGCGGAGCCAAGCAAGGGUCAGGUGCAACAAUAAAAACAGAGCUUAGGUCAGUUUAGUUUGGUAAUUCCUUGAGUUCAUUGAUUUACAGUAACACUGGUGUUUAUAUACACCAGCUGUAUAAUUCUAUACAGUUAAAAGAUUGUCUGUAUCUUGCAACACUCAGAUGCAAUAUUCAUCCAUCAGCACUAUUAACAGUACAGUCAUUAAAUCACGUUGGACGUGUCAGACAUUUACACUUUCUGUUAACAUCGUCACAGGAAAUGGAGGCCUAACACCGAAAUACUUUUCAACAAUGUUGAACAAUUUGGAUAAAUGGAUAAAUGAAAUCAUUAGUUUGUCUUUACUAUUUACUCUAAAAGUCAAAACUUUUAGAGUAAAGUAAAAGUACUUUGAUAUUUGUUUGAUCCAAGUUAUUGUGACAAACUGAAGAAAUCUGUAAGGCAGCAAAUAUUUCUCCACCUCAGUUUUUGCACAUUGAACAGCACAAAUACUUAGAAUGAGGCAGUUAAAUGAGGACAUGGCACAAACAACAUUAGGAACCUGUGACUUAAGCACUCAGCAAACAUGAUCUGCUUUAUUAGAAUAUGAAUGUUACACCUAUUCUACUUUUCAGCUGCUGAAAUGAUGUAGAGUUUUAAGAUUUUAGCGUCUAGUUUGUUUCCUAACAUACUUCAUUUCCUGACCUGAGGAACACGACCCAUUUAACCUGUUUUUACUUUGACACCUGACACUUACUGGGCUCCGUAACAGAUAGUUAAAGGUAAAUCAGAAACAACAAAACAACUUAAUCCUUACAACCCCUGCACUGGACUACCUGAAAAACUUCACCUGCUCUCAUGGGAAGCAGUUGUGCCACUUUCAGCGCCCUCUCCCCCGUGUCUUUAUUUAUUUCCCUCCUCUAUGCCAACAUGAUGUUUGUGGCAUGUAUAGAAACACAUAAUGCAGUAAAACACACCCUUUUCCCCAACUUACACCUCAGUCCUCUAGCUAUUACGUACGUCUAAAACUAACAUGGCAUCCUAUCAGUUAUUCUUCUGCAGCCCAAAUGUCACUUUUUAACUACUGAACUGAAAACAGCAGGCAGACGGUGCAACAGUCCUGUCUAUUGUAAACUACUGAGCUGAUUGAGUCCUUUCCACUGGACCUGUCAUCUGCAAAUUCUGGAUAUAUAUAUAAAACUCACACUACAGUGUGAGGUUUAUAGCCCUGCAUUUUUGAAUUAUGGCCAUUGGGAUGGGACUGAAGGUAUGCAGGAGGGCACAUGUGCAUUUCUCUCACCAACAUCCCCACAUGGGUUUAUGUAUGCACUGUUCCAACAACUCUAGGUGGGAAUACAAGCAUUUUUUAAAAGUCUGCAAAGUUCUUAUGAAUAAUAGCUUUGUUGCACUUUCCGAGGGCGAAUUUGGCCUUUAAACUGCUCAUGAAUCCACGUGUCGUGCUCGAGUCGAGCUUUAGCGCGUUUGAUUACAGUUCAUCAGGUUCGUCAUAAAGAUCUGUGUCUAAAAAUAAAUCUUAUUCAGUAAAGACAAGAGGACAUGUAACGACACGUGGAGACCAAGGAUUGGGGAAGCCUCUGAUUGGCUGUCACAUCUCUCCAAGCAUUCCUUCAUGUUUUUCCCGUCCUGAAGCAUUCAACAGGUCUGAUUUAUGAAGCUGUAUUCUUGUCUGUGCUUCACCCCAAAAAACAUGCCUGCCGCACCGUCGUGGUAACACUGAGGGAGCAUGCAGGAGUUCAGCAGAGGAAUGGAUUUAACUAAGGUCAAACUAGGAGAUCACUAAGGGAAAAUGAGGUCUUUUGUGUGGGAAAAGGUAAAAAAAAUAAUCAUUUUGUGAUGGUUCCUCAUGCUUCUUAUAAAUUAUACCCACCCUGUAUGGGCUGUCCUCUCUGUGUGACAUAGCUUAGCAUAUUUGUCAUCUUCUACCUGGAUGUACCUUUCCACUAUCCAACAUCCUGACUUUACCCCCCUGCUAUAUCCAAAGUUUUGUACAAAUGUUUUAAAGUGAAUAAUUCCCUUUUUAUUUUAUAAUCGUAAAUGUUAUGUUUUUAUAAAUAUUAUUUAUU